GAGCACCGAUUUAAGUCACUAGAUAAAAUCUAAGAUGAUGUCCAUUCUCUCUGUCGUCUUGAUCGUGGUAGUGGUCACUUUUCAAGCUGGACAAUGUUUCUUGCCUGGGGGAACUGUUUACACCCGAUGGGGCCGCACGACGUGUCCAGCGACAGCAACAAUUAUCUAUUCAGGUUAUGCUGCAGGAAGUCAUUAUAGGCACACAGGAGGGGCAGUUGAACCGCUCUGUUUACCGACAAAUCCAGAGUGGGAGAUCCAUAACACAGAGGUAGAAUAUUCAAGAGGACUGGUCUAUGGAGCCGAAUACGAAACUCUCCAUAGUCUGGUAAUGACCGAUGUCCACGACCAUGAUGUGCCCUGUGCUGUCUGUAGGACUCAAAACAACGAGUCCGUCUUAGCUAUUCCAGCAAGAAAAUCUUGUUAUGCCGGGUGGAAAGUAGAAUACUGGGGGUAUCUGAUGUCUGGAAAUUUCCAACACCCUGCUGCCUCCACCUUCACCUGUAUGGACGCUGAACCCGAGUCUGUGGUAGGGGGGCAUGGAAACGCCAACGGUUACCUAUUCUAUACAGUGGAAACUCAGUGCGGCAGUUUGACAUGCCCACCAUACAGAAAUGGAUCGGAAUUAUUGUGUGUCGUUUGUUCUGAAAACUGAGACAAAAGUGUCGAUUGAAUAUGAAACUAAAUACAAAAAUGU